UGGAUUUUUUACACAUUCAAAAAGGUUUUUUUGAGGGGAAAAAGCGACUUUGAAGAUGAUAACAUCCAUAAACUGGUUUUUUUUAAAGAGAAACUUGAGAUUUUAAGUGUAAAACGUGCGCAUGUUAAGUCAUUAAAGAGUCCUUUGGCUGCUGAGAACUUUUUAUUUUUAAAUGACAUUGUUAAAAAAUUUCGGAGUUUUUUGGAGUCGGAAUCGGAGUCAAAAAAUAAAAAUUUUCGGAAUUGGAGUUGGAAUCGGAGUCAUAAAAAGAAAGAUUUCGGAAUCGGAGUCGGAGUCGGGUUUCGGAAUGAAAAAAGUUGACUCCGCAGGUCUCUACCUUUCACACAUACACUCGAGUUGAAACUCCAUUAAGUGGAUUUUCUAUUAAGUUAACAUACAUUAAUAAUCAUAUUAAGACAGAUUGAGAAUCACUAAAAACUGUUUUCACUUAUAGGAUUACUCUAGAGGAAAGACAUCAUAAUCAAUAUUAUAGAGGAAAAAUUAUUAAUAGAAAUAUUUUAGUUUUUUAUUUGUUCUUAUCAAAUAAUCUUAUAUCUUGGUUUAAACUCAUUUCAUAGUAGUUAUGACUAGUUUUCAUUUGUUUAUAACAGUUUCUUCUAAGUAUGAAUAUGAAAUACAUAGACCUAAUUAUAUUUAACGAAUAGUAUAGAUUAAAUGAGACAAUAUCAUUUUCUUUUUUUUUAGAUCAAUCCAGAGGAUAGAAAAUUUUGUGCUCUCAGCUUCUACCACGUAAAAAAGUUUUUAAAACGAAUAAGUAGUGUUUUUUUUUCAAAAGCAAGACUUGCUGUAUGAAACAGUCAUUCUCGUACUGUCGGAUAUAGAAUUUAAUUUCGAACAAAUGUUGUCACUGGUAAAUUGAAGAGUACACAAAUGAUCAGAUUCUAUUUGUAUGAGGAAAAAAAUGAACAAACACGUAGUUCUGUGAGAGAAGGCUUUUUUCCAAGGUUUUACUUAAUGAUUCUUCUCUCGCAAAUAUUUCUGCUCAUAUAUCAAAACAUGCAGAUUUUUAGUAGUUCGCUUACUAUUUCAGAACUUACUUGAAAAAAAAAAAUUUUUUUUGAAAGUAUAUAUUGUCCUGUUAUAUGAGCUUAAGAAGUUUUUUUAUAAAAUGCUCAACAGAUUUUAUAUAAAUAAAUCGAAAGAUAUAGAGUUAAUUUAUUUUCAUAUGUAAGCGGUAACAUGAGUAUGUGCAAACAUGUUUUAUGGGACUAUUAUAAAAUUUUCUCAUUUUGCUGAAUAAUCACGAACUAUUGUCAUAUAAUCUCCUAUAUGUAUAUAUAUAUCUCAUACUCCUCCUAUCGUUCUCUGUAAACUAUAUGAGUCAUAGUUCACGUGAUCAUUUCACUUAUGCCGUAAAUAAUCAAUCGACGAUGACGAAAACAUAGACAUAUUAAAUAUAAAAUCAAACGUCUGGACUUGACUAAAUAUGAUUGUUUUUCUUUCUUGUCGACAGUUUAUUCGGAGGCAAAGCAUGAAUGAUGACGUUCAAUAAAAGUUCAGCAAACUUGUUAAAUAUGUAAUCACGUUAAAUACAUAUCAUUUUCUAUUAGAUACUAAGUUCAUAUAAAAUCUAUUGCAUAUUGUAUGAAAUAUUCCUCUAAACGAAAUAGCUAGUUGACAUUACAACUUCGAUAAUUGCACUUCAUACGUUUAUGUUCGUAUCUGACUAAGAAAGAUAACAUAACUUAAUAAUAAAACAUACGAAAUUUUUUUUUUAAAACUUCAAGUUUAUAUAGAUAUAAUUGCGUAGGUGUUAUUUUUUGUUUACAUAGAACUUAAAUUUGAUCGUAUUUCAAAAUUUAUGAAAUAUCAUUUAUAUGUUACACUCAAACUAAAUAAGAUAACAAGAACAAAUCGACGUUUAUCAUUAAAUAAACAUCAAUAUUUAUUCAAAACUCAACCUUUUGUUAAUGAAAUAAGUUUUCAACACAUUAUCCAUACAAAAAAAAAAACAACAAUGCAUAGGCUACUGAUCUACGGGAUCGAUUUGUUUUUUUUUCGGCUUCAGCCUGGAUCAUAGUUACAGUCCUGGUCUAGAGAGAAUUAUUUCUGAAUUUAUUUUUUAACACUUUUUUUUCGAACACCUCCUUUAAAUUAUAUUCUGAUUGAUGUGAUUAAUAAGAUAAUUUGCUUAGAGUCAUAGAAUAUAUAAUUCCGGUUAGAAUAAUGUUUGUUUUGUAGUGCCGGUCGUAGCAAAAUUUAUUUCCUGUGAUCUCUAAUUUAAGUUCAUAAGAUUUUCAGCAUAUAAUUAUAUUUCGUUCAAUUAAAUACAAUGCAGUUAGAAGAAGAAAUAAAAUUGAAUAUUAAUUUUCUAUAAGAUCUAUUUAUAUUUAAUUUUAGGUUUAAAAGUAUUUGAUAAAGAACAAAAUGGCAGUAUUUCAUCAGCUGAACUUCGACAUCUAUUAACAAAUCUUGGUGAACGUUUAUCAGAUGAAGAAGUUGAACAAUUACUAUCUGGUUUUGAAGAUAAAAAUGGUCUUAUUAAUUAUGAAGAUUGGAUUCGAAAAUUACUUCGUAACUAA